UGGCUUUCGGAUGACAAAGUACGAUUUUGACCUAUGUGACCCUGCUUUCAAUAACAGUACAGUAUCAAUUCGACUUGACACACAUCUGAACGGUUGGAUAUGAUCGGCAGAUAUUUUGCAUUUUGAUGCAAAAUUGGUGAUCAGUGGUAAUGUUAUAAUUUGCUUAUCAAUCAACGGUGUCACUGCUUGCAUCAGCAAAAUAAGUCAUUACAGAAAAAAAAAUCUCAUUCACUCCACGGAUGUUCUGUGCUGCCUUUGUUAAUAAUCCAAGGUCUAUACAGCAUAUAAAGCCAACAGUCAAUUACAUCCUACAUUCUAAUAUUUGUUUGAAGAAAUCAUAUUCAUCAUUAUCUAGCUUCGCUACUUCUAGUAGUGCUGUAAAUGGAUCGAGUUUUGUUGUUGUUGUUUUUUUUUUUGCCCAAUCAAAUUUUAGCCUCUCUUUGCUGCCAGGUCACUCUAAUCUGCCCUACCCUUCAAGAAUGUAUAGUAUUGGCCUACGUCACGAAAGCUACAUUUGCAUAGGGACUAUUUCUUUCACCUGUCAGCGAUCUAAUUCGCGAUUCUCGAAGGCGUCAGCUUUUUUCGGCCCUCUGAUUGGUUGGUGAGAGAACACUUUUUUUUCAACCAACUUUGACCGGCAGAACACAUCAUAUUUAAAAAUCACCAUCUGUGGUGUGUUUGUUGUGGGGUUUUUUUUUUUGUUUUUGUCAAAAACAAGUGCAACGGCCAGCCACCGCGUCCUCACGAAACCGAAGCUCGCUAUAUUCGAACACGACGCCCGAUGUAAACUUGUAAAUAACGGCAGCAAACAACCGGGUGAUCCCGUCUACACAAUAAACUACUCUUCCGGCCAAUAACUUUUUACAGGUCUUCGGCCACUUUUCACAGGACCAGGCGCAUAAUGCGCAUGGCAACCGUUGCUAACACAAACAACGGGCAGACUCGCGUCACAAAGGGGCGGAGCCUCAGCCGGCGCUUUAAAGAGGAACGGCUCCGCGCGCAACUCUCACUCCACACGCACCAAGACGCGCUGCCACCGCUCCUUUUUGCGCGUGGCCAGCGAGGGAAUCCCCCUCCUUCCCCUCCCAACCCCCCCACCGCCCGCAAAACACGGCCGGCGCCUUCGCGUCUUCCCACAACAAAAAUAACAACUAACCCACGCGCGAGGGGCUUCUUCUUUCGCAGCAUGUCUUGACACACGGCGGAAGGGCUACUUUUUACCCUCCUAACUUCUUCCAAGUUCGAUCAGAACAUCUUGUGAAUGAGGUGAUUAUUUUUUGGGGGGGAGGACCACCACCACUACCACCACUACCGCCACCAAGGAGUUACAACAUCAGGACCGGCACUUUAUUAUUAUUAUUUUUUGAUGAUUUUGUCGUCUAUCUUUAGGCAGCCUCCAAAUGACGUCGAGAUGGCUUUAGGAGGGACCCUGCUGCCAUCCAUUUCCACCUUCACCAGCCCCGCUGUCAAGACCAAAACCAUAGGAAGUGCCAACCUAAGAUGGAAGGAGGAGGCGUCCCAUCUUAAGAGACUCGGCGUGCCAACGACCGGAAGUUCGGACGCAGCCCAUCCAACUGCUGCCUGCGCCACAAGCCCCAGCAUGUCCAAGAAAGACACUGAGCCAGACCUGGACUUGGACUAUGACUUCAUUCUGUCCAACUCCCUGCUCCAGCAGCAGCAACAACAGCAGCAGCAGCAGCAGGACGAUCUUAUGGGGUGCGGUUCCGUCCAGGCUCUAGCGCCCGGCUCGCCCGGGUCCUUCUCGUCCUCGUACCCCUUGCUGCCCUCCCCUCAGGGCUCGGCCGAGUUGCUCUACACCAUUCCGGACAUGAGUGACGUCUCGCCGUCCGGGGGCUUUGUGGCGGAGCUCAUGCGACCCGAACUGGACCCGGCGUACCUCCACCACCCAACCAGCCUGCACGGCAAAUUUGUGGUCAAGACCACAGUGGACCUGGGGGAGUACAACCCCAAGGCUUGCGUUAACGUCGCUUCAGACCGGCCCGCCUCGCGGGCCUCGCCGCCCUUUACGUGCCACCGCAUAAAGCAGGAGGCUCCCAGUAACUGUUCCAUCUCGCAGCCGAUGGACCCGCACCGGCAGCGGCCCGCCCACCUCGAGCUGCACGGCUUCCCCGGAAACGGGGUUCGCUGCGCCAUGACGGGCGGCGGCGGCGGCGGCGGCCGCCUGUCCUCGUCGUCGUCGCUCUCCCCGGAUCACCCCCUGAGUCGCGAGCGCCAGGUGUUGGGCCACCCUCACGCUCAGAUUCCUCUACCUCCCCACGGAUACCACCACAGCUCACCGCAAGGAUACACCGCCUACCCUCAGUCCACCGCCAUGCCACAGUACCAAGACCCCCUCAUGGUCUCCGGCGGUGACUGCUUACCGGAGGAGCCCAAGCCCAAGCGGGGGCGUCGCUCGUGGCCCCGCAAGCGCAUCGCCACGCACACGUGCGACUACGUCGGCUGCGGGAAGACGUACACCAAGAGCUCGCACCUCAAAGCGCAUCACCGCACGCACACAGGAGAGAAGCCUUACCAUUGUGACUGGGAGGGCUGCGGCUGGAAAUUCGCACGCUCCGACGAGCUGACGCGCCACUACAGGAAGCACACGGGCCACCGGCCGUUCCAGUGUCAGAAGUGUGACCGGGCUUUCUCCAGAUCGGACCACCUGGCCCUACACAUGAAGAGACACUUGUGAGGAUGGGACUCCCAAAAAACAAACAAACAUACAUUCAAAUGACAUGCUGUGGCGUUCGCAGCUAAAGACAAUCAAGACGAGACCUGCGAGCGUGGGUCAGAACGGGACCGAAAACUGGAAGUCAAUUUUAUUUAUGUGACCAAAUUCAAAGAGGACCAGCAACUGGAAUCUCACAUGAAAAAUCUCCAGAGGCCUUCAUGAAAUCGCCAAUGACACUGUAUUAAUAAUGCACAGCUCUAUAUUUAUACAUAUUCACAUUUCACCUGUCACUUCAGGUACAAUGUUAAUUAAUUUAUACCGAAUGGUGCUUUGUGACUUUUGCCCAAAAAGGUACCAAAGACUCGGUGACUAAGUGCCAAAUAUCUAGUGUUUCCCCUCUCUUCCACACUCAAUAAUCAGGUUUUGGAGCGGCGACGGCAAUCUGAGAAUGCACUGCAAGUUGCAUAGUGCAAUAAUUUAUAAGGAAACCUUGCUAUUUUUUAUAAUGGAACGAGUGACUGAACAAACAAAAAAAGGGUUGAGGUUUUUCUUUUUUUUGUUUUUAUAUAAGCCCAACUAAAAAAAAUGUAAUAUAAUCUUCAACAUUGUACAUUUGUAGAUAAAAAAAAUACUUUGUUAUUAAAUGUUUUGUAUUUUAUGGUAUAAUAAAAUGUAUUUCAAAUAAGGAUACUGUAGUUGUUUUUUUUUUUCAAUAUGAGAAGACAAUAGUGGCCAGGAUGCCUGAACGUCAUUAACUGACUGCACUCGACAAGUUGUCUGUAGUUGAAGUACAAAUAUUUCAAUUGUUUGUGAUCGUUUCACGUCUCGGCAGUUUGACGAUGAGCAGAUCAUUUGAAUCAGGUGUGUUGAAGUAGUUCUCGGGAUCGAAAACGGGCAGAAUUGGGCUCCCCAUGAACCGGUAUUCCCUACCCCUGCUUUAGUCGUGACUCAUGACAGUUAAAAAAUAAAACCUUAUUCAAGUUGCUUUAGAAAUCAGCCAUCCAUUUUCUAAUCAGUUUAUCCUCACAAAGGUCGCGAUACACCCUCAAUUGUUUGCCAGUCACUCGCAGGGCACACUCAAGACGAACAACCAUUCACUCACAACCACACCGAAGGACAAUUUAGUGUUCCGCUAACCUGCUAUGCAUGUUUUGUGGAAUGUGGAAGGAAACCGGAGUACGGCGAAAACAUGCAAACUUCAGACAGGAAGCCGGAAUCGAUCCCCGUACCUCUCCACCGGUCGCCUGACUGAAAUUGGUAUUGACAAGUGCAGUGGCUCACCGGCAGGCUGGAGAUCAGCGCGCCCCCUGUCGGCACCUUUGUGAAAGCGCAGCACUGUGGGCUCAGAAUACUCAAUGCAUUUGCCACACGAAUGGAACAUGCAAAAAUAAACCGAAAUAGUAACGAAUAGGUGAUAAUUGUAAUGGAGGACACGCACAAAGUAGAUCUUAUGGUAUUUAUUUUAAGAUUGAAAGACAAUUCUAUUUAUUAUGUGUGUAAAGCACAUAACUUCAGCUGGUUCACAUGCUGAUAAGGUUUGUGGUGGUGGUGGUGGGGACCUGAAGGGCUCCGAACAACAAAGAUGACAUUAUUGACACACAAGUAAACGUUUUUUAAAAAAAUAUAUAGAUAUAUACACGGGAAAAAAUAAGACAUUGAGGGUACAACAUCAAAGAUGACACACAAGUUUUCAUUUUUUU